CCGCCGGGGCGGAGCCGGGAGCCUCCAACCAUUUCCGCUUCCGGCGCGGGCGCCAAGGCCGUUGGCGGGUGGUCCCCUCGGCGGAAGGGACGUCAGCGGAGGAAACGCGCUGUGCUGCGCAUGCGUAUUUGCGUCCUUGGGGGGGGGGGCCCGGGCCUGCACAACUCCAGUCCAGAGAUUGCUAUCGCCCAGAGGCUGGCCCACGAGCCAAUGGAAGAGAGCGUUGCUGGUUGCUAAGGAAACCCCAAGCGGCAAGAUGGCAGCCGCCGGCCAUGGGAGCCCGAGCUCCAGCCUUCCUCGCCGGGACCCACCGAGGCCGCCGCGGGACGGUUAUGGUGUCUACGUGUACCCGAAUUCUUUCUUUCGAUAUGAAGGAGAAUGGAAAGGAGGAAAGAAACAUGGUCGGGGGAAGCUGCUGUUUAAAGAUGGGGGCUAUUACGAAGGCGAGUUCACGGACGGGGAGAUCACGGGGGAAGGCUGCCGGAUCUGGGCCUCAUCAGGGAACACCUAUUCGGGACAGUUUGUUUUGGGAGAACCUCAAGGACGUGGCGUCAUGAAGUACAAAGCUGGUGGAUGUUACGAAGGGGAGCUCUCCCACGGCAUGAGAGAAGGAUACGGGCGUCUGGUGGACCGGGACGGACAAGCCUACUGGGGGUGGUUCCAUGACAACCAGCGACACGGCCAAGGACACAUGGUCUUCCGGAACGGUGACGAGUACGAAGGCGACUGGGUCCGGGACCAGCGUCAGGGGCACGGGGUGCUGCGUUGUGCCGACGGCUCCACCUAUGAGGGACAGUGGCACGGUGACGUCUUCAGCGGCCUGGGCAGGAUGACCCUCUGCUCUGGGGCCGUCUACCGCGGGAUGUGGAUCAAUGGCCACCCGGCGGCACAAGCCAGGAGGAUCGUGAUUCUGGGUCCAGAGGUGAUAGACGUGGCCCAGGGGUCUUCCUUCGACUUGAACGUUCAGCUGCAGCAGGACAGCGGGGAAGUUGCCGAGAGCGAGGAUGGCCGGGUUUUGAAGAUCUCGGCUGGCGUCAGGUACGUGCAGCUUCCGGCCUACUCAGAGGUCAGCUUUUUCAAAGUGGACAAGGACAACCCGGAGACACCCUUCCAGACCCCGUUUGGCUUUGAGUGCAUCGCCUAUCCUCUGUGGAGCCCCCAGUCUGGGGCCUUGGAGCCCAGAGCUGCCCUGGAAAGUGCCAGAGGAGAUCCACUGCUCCCCAGGGGAGACCGGGAGCCAGCAGUGGCAUCAGACACAUCUCGAGGCCAGAGGGACAUCCCCGGUGGCCCUCCCGGAGAAGCCCGGGGAUGCGAGCCCCACUGUCCUGAGGACUGCAGGCGAGUGGAACAAGGUUGUGCCCGGUUCUCGGACGUCUGCCUUGGGCCGCCCCCGCCCGGGUACAGCCCCGUCCUCUUCCUGGACGACCCCCGUGAGAAGGCAGGUGGCAGGCCCAGAGGGGGCCUGGGCCCCGGCAGGACGCCCACCACGCAGGACCCGCCAGGAGGCAGCAGGCCUGACGGGGCGGCCACCGCAGAGCCCGCGGCUGCGGCCCUCCCAGGGGAGUAUGUCGUCAUGAUCCGCGAUGUGACCGACCCUCCCUUCCUGGGCCACGUGCUGCCCACCGCCUUCAAACACCUUCGGGUCUCGGGGAAGGGGACGGACCGGCAGCCCCACAUCCCUGGAGAAGGCCCUGAAUCCCUGAGCUAGAAGAACCAUCCCCAUGCGCCCGAGAGCCACCAGUGUCCUCUCUCCCCCAGGGAGACCCCUGCCUUUCAAGGGCACCCUCCUCCCAGUGGCCUGAGUGGGGGCCGGAGGGGCCACCUUUCGUGCACCCCAAGGCCACUGGCUUUAAUAAAAUGCUCAGCACUGACUGCCGAGAGGUGCCUCGCCCAGACGCAAGCCCCUUCCCGCACACCCAGGAUACCCGUGGAGGCUCGGCCGGGUGCGUGCCGGACCCCCUUCCGCCUGGCACCCCCGGGCCCCAGGCUGAGCCCAGGCCGGGCUGGGGAUGGGACGGUCCCGGUCCCCCUGCUACGGAGUCUGGCAGCGACGCUGGCCCGACUGAGCCGUCAGAGCAAACACUGCCUCCCUGCCACAACCCCUGCCUUGGAGGGUGGCUCAGUCCCCCUCCUCCCCCCGCCCCGCAAACAGCCUGGGGACACUGGAAACGGCUGCCAAAGGAGAAAUCAAGAGGCAGUAAGCAGGUGACUGGCUUUCCAGAAACAAGCUUCGUGUCUGCAGGGACUGGGCAAGGGACACUUCUCGGAUUUUACAGCUGCCUCUGAAAUGCACCCGGUGCCCGGGAGAGGGGGGCUCUGGGCAGGUGGCGGGGCCUCCUCCUGCGUCCUCUCCCGAGUGGCCGCACAGUUCCUGCUUCCACGCCUGGGCUCACCCUGUGUGCACCCCGUGCUGGGGGGGCUAGACUUGCCCCUCAGCCACGAGGC